ACAUGGCAGCUAUGAGAUAUAUUGGGCCUGGUCUCUAGCUACUGCCUCCGCCCUGUCUCUGCUCCUCUCGAUCCACGGGCCCACCUCGUACUGCGCUGGAUGCUGCUGCGUCGUCAUCUCUCUUGGACUUGGACGCGACUUCCAGCAAACAACCACAACCGCGACCAAACCACAUUGAGGGUCAUGGCCUGCUAGACACUGUAGUAGCAGCAGACAGGAGGGGACAUUCGUGAGCCACUCAAGCUUCUUCCUCCAUCAUGACUACCUUUGUCUGUGCCCUCUUCCUCCCAAAGACACUCAAGUUCGUCGUGGAAGAGACAGACUCCAAUGCUGCGUCCCCAAAAAUCGGACAUCCAUCAGGCGAUGACUCUGCACAACGGCAGCAGAACACAGGUCGUCCCUCUGCGGCGACUGGCAAAAAAGAUGCACAAGCACCGACUGCAAGUUUGGCUCCUGUACCAAACCUCAUGCAGUCCUUUGCUUCCUCAUUACCCAAUUCAACCCUCAACACGCCCUCACAACUUCCUACAAGUCCAACGACACCGCCAAAGUCGAAUGGCGGGACACCUGUAUUCAUGGUGGAUGCACCAAGCGAAGACAUGUCAAGCAGCCAACAUCAAUCAGGCAUGAGCUCCCUCCAUGCACGCCUACAAAUUGCUCAGCGGGAGGGCCAGUCUCCAGGGAUGGCAACGACUAGUAUCCCGGGCAACGUACGUAAAAGGGUCCUUCAAGUCCCCAAAUCACGCGCUUCGUCACCCCCACCUGCAGCGAUUGUGCCAACACGACCAGCAUUCCCACGACAAGCCAGUAAGACGAGGCCUGCAGAGGUCUGUGUCAUGGAAGAUCAACCAGCUCCUAAACAAGGCUCGCCCAAUUUGCUACGAAUGGCUGAUCGUCGUCGCUCACUCACAACGGACCCGCGAUAUGCGAAUGCGCAUUAUGAGAUUUUUGACCAGCUCAAGGGAAAUGGCGGUCUACGACAUGCUAUUGCAGCCGCUUCACAGACUGGCUCCAUUGGGAAAGUGAAGUGGGUGGGUUCAUGUGGUUUUGCAACAGAUGCGAUUGACAAGUCCACCAUGUCGCGCAUCAAGAACGACUUUGAAGUGAACUUGGAUUCCCUCAUUGUUACAGUCAGUGAUGGUGAGUUCUCAGCGUGCUACUCACACUACUGCAAACGCAUCCUGUGGCCUCUCUUCCACUACCAGAUCCCAGAUCAACCACGCGCAAAAGUGUACGAGGAGAAAUCUUGGAAGGAGUAUGUUGCUGUGAAUCAAGCAUUCGCUGAUCUCGUGUGCAGCAAGUAUAAGCGUGGUGAUGUCGUCAUGGUCAAUGACUACCACCUCCUCCUCGUUCCUGGGAUGAUUCGAAAACGACACCCACAAGCCAUGAUUGGCCUCUUCCUACACAUCACCUUUCCAAGUUCUGAAAUUUUCAGAUGUCUUGCAAUGCGUAUGGAGAUUCUCGAAGGGAUGCUGGGCGCUAAUUUGAUUGGAUUCCAAACGGAAUCGCAUUGUGACCACUUCAAGCAGACGUGUUCUCGCUUGCUCUAUAUUGAAGCUUUGGAACAAGGCAUCCAACUUGAGCACUCCUUUGUCAGUAUCGUGGCAAUGCCCAUUGGUGUGGAUCCAGCACAACUUGAACGUUGCAUGAAAGCACCAGAGGUGAGCCUGUAUGGUCGAACGGUGCGCGAACGACAAGGCGGCAAGAAGAUCAUUUUUGGUCGUGACAAGUUGGACUCAGUCAAGGGCGUCAAGCAGAAACUGCUUGCCUAUGAACGCUUCCUCUCCAAUAAUCCAAGUUGGCGAGAUCGUGUCAUUAUGCUGCAAUAUGGUCAAGACUCAAAGACAGAGCCUGAGCUGAAGCAACAAAUCACAGAUAUUGUCAAUCGCAUCAAUGGUCGCUUCACAGAUAUCAUCUCUGGUCACAUUCCCGUGCACCUUGUCGAGCACGAUAUCGAUUACAACGAGUUCUUGGGCAUCUUGUCAAUCUGUGAUUGCUUUAUGGUCACUUCGCUGCGAGAGGGAAUGAAUCUGACUUGCCACGAGUACAUUUAUUCUCAACGGAAACUCAAGAACCCUUUGAUUUUGAGUGAAUUUGUUGGUUCAGCAACGGUGCUCGACAAGGAUUCACUCAUGAUCAAUCCAUUUGAUUACAAGCAGACGGCCAAUGCCAUCCUGCAAGCAUUAACUAUGUCUCAAGAAGAGAAGAAUCAGCGCUGGGAGAAGCUCAACAAGAUCAUUCUCGAGGAUGAUGCAUCGCUCUGGGCAACCACCUUCAUCUCGCGUAUUCAAAGCGACUUUGUCUUGCAGCAGCGACGCAGGACAGUGGAUCUACCCAAAUUCAAUCCAGACGCCUUUCUUGAUCAAUUCGAUCAAGCGGCAUCGCGACUCUUCUUCAUCGAUUAUGAGGGGACGUUGCUCCCCUGGGGCUCUCACAAGCAAAUCAUGGCCUCCACCAAUAAAAUUGUCGAAGUCCUCAGUAAGCUAUGUGCAGAUGAGCGAAACCUCGUUUAUGUCACAAGCGAGCGCACUCCUUCUGAGUUGGAACGUACAUUCCGACGAGUCCACCGACUCGGUCUCAUUGCAGAGAAUGGCGGGUAUCUACGAACACAUGAGGAAGGCAAUUGGGAGAACUUGACAAGUUCCUCUGAUUUAUCUUGGAAACCCAAUGUUCGCGAGAUCUUGACGUACUACAGGGAACGUACACCCGGUAGUGUGAUUGAGGAGCAGAAUUCACGCAUGGUAUUCCACUACGCUCAAGCAGAAGAUCCCGUAUCGGCUCAACGACAAGCAGCAGAAUGCUGCAAUCACAUUUCCGAUAUCUGUGCACCACAGGGCGCGCAUGCUAUUCCAAUGGAAGGUGCCUUGGUCGUGGAACCGGUUGCCAUUACAAAAGCGUCGGCUGCUCAGCGAGUCCUUGCUAGCGUGGACGGACGAGCAGUUGGGUUUCUCAUUGUCUUUGGCAAUGAUCGCGCAGAUGAGGAGAUUUUUGCGUGGGCUAAUGGACUUGCCUUGGAUAAAGAGCAGGAUCGCGCACAGCUGUCAUCAUCAGCGGCUACACAGUCUCAAUUGACGGCAUUGACGGUGACGGUUGGAUCACGCAAUACCGAUGCAAAGACAUAUGUGCAAUCGACCUUUGGUGUCUUGUCAGCACUGGCUGCCUUGUCGGGUGAUAAGCAAGCAACCUCUGCAUUUGCCUCGACAAAACCAAGCACGGGACACGCAAUGACGAGGGAAAACUCGAUGCAAUCUCGCAGUGAGAAGGACGACAAAUGAAUUCCUCCACAUGAACGAAAGGGUAGCUACAUCAUGCAAAGAGAUAGAGACGAUGAAAUGAAUCGUAUUUCAAGUAGCGAAUGGCUUUGUCAAUU